UCCAACACACCCCAUGCCCAUGUCGAUGUGUAUGUCAGGGCAGCCAUUUUGAGCGAAUGAGUCUUAGGGCGACCACACUGAAUACCAGUCGCUACGGUCAAAUUAAGUUCGUUCGGACGCCGGUUGCUGCAAUUUGCCUCUGAAUCCCGUUACUUAAGGGAAGCUUCUCUCGUUUUAAGCUAGUAAAAGGAAAGCUAAAUCAAAACACUCAAAAUGUCUACGGUCGACAAGGAAGAGCUAGUUCAGAAGGCAAAACUAGCCGAACAAUCUGAACGAUAUGAUGAUAUGGCACAGGCAAUGAAAUCAGUAACAGAAACUGGAGUGGAGCUGUCAAAUGAGGAAAGGAACCUUUUGUCAGUUGCUUACAAGAACGUUGUAGGUGCCCGAAGAUCAUCAUGGCGAGUGAUAUCAUCGAUUGAACAGAAAACUGAAUCCUCUGCCCGCAAACAACAAUUGGCACGAGAGUACCGGGAACGAGUCGAAAAGGAACUGAGAGAAAUCUGCUACGAAGUGCUGGGUCUGCUGGACAAAUUCUUAAUUCCCAAAGCCAGUAAUCCAGAAAGCAAGGUGUUUUACCUCAAAAUGAAGGGAGAUUACUACAGAUACCUAGCUGAAGUAGCCACCGGUGAAACCCGCCACACCGUAGUUGACGAUUCCCAAGCCGCGUACCAGGAUGCCUUUGAAAUUAGUAAAGGCAAAAUGCAGCCAACACAUCCUAUCCGAUUGGGUCUCGCGCUCAAUUUUUCAGUCUUCUAUUACGAGAUCCUAAACUCUCCCGACAAAGCCUGCCAGCUUGCCAAACAGGCAUUCGAUGACGCGAUUGCUGAGCUGGACACGUUGAACGAGGACUCCUAUAAAGACUCGACACUCAUCAUGCAGUUGCUGCGAGACAACCUUACGCUGUGGACGUCCGAUACCCAAGGAGACGGCGACGAACCACAGGAAGGUGGCGAUAAUUAACCAAACUAAAAUUAAAGCAAAACAAA